AUCAGUAAACACGUCCUGGAGACAGAAGUCACGUGUCGCCUCUGCUGCGGUCCGGUGCAGUUUGUCCUCGUCUGUCUGCCGUACCUAAAGUCCCGAGACAACAGACGUAUUUGCGCAUGCGCCGUCACAUCGGGUAGUGACAGCGGCAGCCCAGCAGGAAGUGGAGCAGCAGACAGGUCGCUACAGGUCCAGUUCGGACGGACACAGAACAUAUUCUUCACGUCGAUGUCUCAGGCGGUUCUGCGGUGAUCUGGGUCCGUGCUGACGUCAGCUAGCUCAGCUGCUAACGGCCUCAGUCCGGCGUGUGACGUCAGAGCGGCUCGGCUGUCUGAAGGAGAGUGUGUUCGGUUCAGACAAGAGACCAACACCUCCCACACAAACCCGAGCAGGACAGACCGGACCGCCGUCUGCAUUUCUGUUCCAGCCGCAUCGAGAGAGAGAGGCUGCUGAGUGUGGAGCGAGUCGAUCCAGGACGACGAGCCGAGUCAGAGUGAGGUCAGAGGUCAGAGCUGCUGCCUCCACACAGAGCAGGCAUGUUUGAAAACUUCCGAGAGAGACUCCACAUGGUCCAGCAGGACUUCACCACCGGCUUCAAGACGCUCGGAGACAAGUCCAGAGACCCGCGGACCAGGAGGCAGCCCAGGUAUGAGGACAGCCUCCCUCACUUCACUGCUGGGCUGGAGGUCCUCAGCAGAUACGAGGAGAGCUGGUUUCUGCUCCACAAGAGAACCAAAGAGUGUGCCGAGGCUGCCGGGGCUGCAGACGGAGACGUGGUCAUGCUGUCGGCUCACUGGGAGAGAAGAAGAGUGGCUCUGACCGAGCUGCAGGACCAGCUGCACAGCCUGCCCGCCUUCAUCGCCGAGCUCGACGCCAUCACCGCCAACAUUGCGCACCUGGAGGGCGACUUCGAGGAGAUGGAGAGCCGGCUGGUGUACCUGGAGACGCUGUGCUGUCAGUGCGAGCAGCAGACGCUCAAACAGCAUCACGCCGGCGAGCUGGAAGUCUACAAGAAGAAGAAGAAGAGGGAGGUGGAGCUGCUGGAGGUGGAGCUGAGCUCUCAGCACGCUCUGAAGGUGGCCGAGCUGGAGCAGGCGGUGCAGCAGAAGCUGAGAGAACGGCAGAGAGUGUACGAAGAAGCUUUCAACCAGGACGUGAAGCAGUACCUGACCACCGGACAGCUGCAGCACCGGCAGCCAGCGGCCGCCGACGUCACCGUUCUGGAUCAGGUGACCGUCGCCAACACGUCUGACCAGGAGGCGCUGGACGAUUUCCUCAACUCCACUGGUGAUGACAUCAGCACCGGCUCAUCUCUGACCUCAGGUCCAGACCUCGAGUCCUUCUCCUCCGGAUCUGGGAUGACCCAGACUCCUCCCAGCAGCAGCAAGCUGUCCAACCAGGACGCAGCGUGGGAGCAAGAGGAGGAGGCGGCCAGCGAGGAGAGCGACGAGCCUCUGGUGCAGUCAGACGAGGAGGACGUUCAGCCCGAUCUGUCAUUGGUCGGCUCUGAUGACAGCGACCCUGCAGGAGAUGAGCCCUCUGGGUAACCAAGCAACCAGACCCUGAAACCCUGUGAAUCGUGGGUAAAAACUGUCCAGGAGGUCGUUUCACACCAGCUCACCUCUGCAGUGAAAGAUCAACCAUCAGUGAGGCUUAAAGGUGCAGUAUGUAAGAAUUAGCCAUCCACUGACCGCUGCUAACUGUAGCUAUCGUUAGCAGGUUAGCUCUGUUAGCCAUGCAGCCAGUGAACAGGGGACCAGGCCAGGCUAGCUGGUUAGCAUGCUAACUUCCGCAGACAUCAGAUGUCAUGAUGUCAGAACGUUAUUUCUUCUCGUUCUGCUGAUGAUGUUAGUUUUGAAAUCUUACAUAUCGCACUUAUAAAUCAUCAGAGCUGAAACGGUCCCGUGAAUUUAACAGAAGUGUUGACAUGAUUUGUUUUAAUGAAAAUCUCCAACUUGAGCUGUUAACAGUUCUGGAGUCUGUGUGAGUUGGUAUGAAACGACCCUGUUGCCCCUCAGAACCCCCCGGUGCUGACCCGGGCUUCACCUGGAACUGAUUUCACUCAUUUGAUUUGAAAACCUGCCUUAAAGACUCAAACCCGACCGGUCCGAACCGUUACUGCAUCAGCUGAUGAACACUCAGUUCUCUGCAGUGAUCAAUGAAUGUGAUGAUCAGUCAACAAGAAGAGACCCCGCCCCUUCCUGUUCCCCUCAUGGACCCGACUGAUCAAACCUUCGUCUGUAGUGACUGAAGAGAGACAGAUGAAGUAUUGAUCGGUUUGAAUUCUGUCAUCAGUCACACUCAUGAUGUUUGUCAGUUUGUCAUCAGACUGAAAACACGUCGUUAUAAAGACGUUGUGUUUUCAGUCUCGGCACCGACUCGUUCAUCAACACGACGUUGCCUUAUGUUGAUUAUUCUGGUACAUUUUAUUUUCCUCUGAGUUUCAAAUAUGUAUUUAUGUUUCUAACACAUGCAGUAAAAACUAAAUGAUGUGACUAACGUGACUGCUGAAGGACAGGUGAUGAUGAUGUCACUGAGUAAACACAGGUGUUGUGUAUCUGGUGUGAAUGAAACACAACAGUGAGGUGUUGAUUCAUCAUAGAGCCCUGUGGCGUCUACAUUAGUGUUAUUGUUAUGAUCUUAUUAUUAACAUGCUGAGUCUGUGGAGCUGCUGCAGUUUGUUCCACAGCAGCUCUGGCUUUGUGCUGCGGCUCUUUAAAGGUGCAGUAUGUAAGAAUUUAUACAAACAUGAUCAACAUUUCUGCUGGAGUUAGCAUGCUAACCAGCUAGCCCCCACAUGAAAACCUCUUCCUCCUAACUCUCCAGCAAGCUGAGCUAACAAGCUAACAGUAGCCACUGUUGUAAACAGAGCACAGUUAGCAGCAGUUAGCUGGUGUGGUGUUCUGCUGGGAGGUACCAGGUCCAGUUCUUACCCUCUGCACCUUUAAGUCUGCAGCUUCUCUGACCACGAGCUGUCUAACAUCUCUAACUGCUCAAUAAAAUCAUCUAACAUCUGC